UUUUCGAAACACUAAAAAAAUCAUUAUGUCUGAGUAGUAGUGUUGUACCUUAUCAUUACAUGCCUGCACUUGAAACAGUUUCGAUGUCUUCCUAGUGCCGAGUAGUGGUGCGGAGACUGUUGUGCGAGCUUUUUUUCCCUUAGUCAAGUUAGAAGCCUGCACGACGAGGAGUUGUAGCAUACGAAAUUAGCUGUAUAGGCUAUAAUAUUUUAUUAUCGUCAGGAGCACUCCCUCUGCCACGUAAAUUUGUUUUUCUUCUUGAAUUGACCUGGAACAAUGAAGGAAAAGAUCAGUGAGGAUAUUCUCAACGACCUGUGCAGUCGGUUCCUGAUCAACCUGCCCAAAGACGUGAAGGAUGACACGACACAGCUGUUCUUCUACAUUGAGAUGGCUUACUGGUACUACUUGGACCUGUACGUUGAGGAAGAUUCCGCCACUCUGCCCAGACUGGACACGAAGAAAUUUGCCAUGCGGAUUUUUCGCUACCUGCCAUACUUGACGCCGAAGUUGCCCGAAAUCGAUCAGAUCUACGAGAGGUGGAAGGAGUUCAAGAAGCGAGUACCGUGCCAUGGAGCUAUUCUCAUGAACCAUGAUCUUACCAAGUGCGUUCUUGUGGAAAGCUACUACAACGGUAAUUGGAUGUUUCCUCGCGGCAAGGCCAACAAGGAUGAGUCAGCAUUGUACUGUGCAAUCAGAGAGGUUGAGGAGGAGACUGGUUAUAACUUUGCCCCUUUGGCACGUGAGAACGACUUUCUGGAACAGAGGGACAGCACAAACCGCCUUGUCAGGCUCUACUUAGUGCCAGGUGUAUCCACAUCGGAACACUUUGCGCCCAAGACACGCAACGAAGUGAAGGGGAUUCAAUGGUUCGACAUCGAUUCCUUGCCCACUGGGAAGAAUGAUCACGCUGCGUUCAAGAAGAGCAAGAUGUCCCCCAGGAACUUUUUCAUGGUAUUCGGAUACGUUCGCAACCUGCGCAAGUGGAUUGCGGCGCAUCGUGGUGAGAUCCUCCGCCAGCAGGCACGCUCUCGCUCACGCCAUCCGCUCGGCGCCGGCCCCGCAGCCUCCGGCGUCUUGACGACACAACAACAACAACAGCCCCAGCAGGUCAGUGGGGCGGGCACAAUGGACGGUGCCAGUGCCAGCUUGCCGCCGAGCAUGAUGGACAGCAGCAGUCUGGAGCGCUCGCUGCUCGCCCAGCAGCCAGUCGCUCAGCCCACCGCCGGUGCUCGCCCGUCGUCAGCCGUUGCCGCCGGCGACUCCGCUCAUUCUAGCGCCGCCGCCGGCGUCAUGGCACCCGUGCCAGCGCCGGGCGUGGUAUUCGGUGGCCUGAUGACGACGGCUAGCGAUGUCACCACUGCCACCCCCACCUCCGCUGCUAUGACCCACGUGUCUUUGUUAGAGCGUUCAACCAUGGCCUCAAUGCCAGCAGCAGCAGUGCCACUGGCAAGCACUCUCCCGCCCGGUAUCAGAAUGGCCAGUGCUGGACAAUCUACUGCCUCACCGCGCCUUCCUCUUCUUACUCCCAGUUCAAUGUCCACGGACACUACUCCAUCAUUAGCGCCGUACCAAGUUUCAGCAGGGCAGCUUUCACACGCACAUCUCGGAACUACUGCCACUUCUGCUGUGCAUGCGGCGAGCCCUGUGCACACAGCUAUCUCAUCGUCGGCCGUGUCCUCUUCCCAGCCCCUGCUGCCCUCACAGCUGGUCGCCCAGCACCCAGCUCCUGUCGUCGCCGCCGGUCUCACGGUCCAGCAGCAGCAGCAGCUGGGAGCUCCGCAGCAUCAGGCCGGCCAACAAAUGCCACCGCUCCUGGCCUCGCAGCAGCAUGUCUAUCAUCAAACCCAGCAGCUAAUUCCUCCCCAACCGAUGACGCAACAGCAGCAAGUACCCUUGAUACCAGCUAACCAGCAGAGAGGUAUUUCGCCAUCGAUGCCACCGUUAGAAACUAUCCAAAUGCCGAAGCAGGGCCAGGCCACUGAGGACCACCGAAUUCCACACUCGCAGCAGUCGGCAAUGUCACAGCGAGUGCAGUACCAGCAACCAGGUCCAUGGCAGCCGCACCAAGCUCAGCAACUGCCUCCCGGUCUCGUUGCUCUCCCGCAGCCACAACAACAACAACAACAACAGCAGCAGCAGCAGUCAAUGACACGGGCUCCACCCCAGCAAGCGCCCAGCCCCGCUCGUGCUCCGCGCCCAUCCAGCCGAAACACCUCGUCCACGCCGUCCAGUGUCCCUAGCCAGGCCUCGCCGCCGGCAUCGCCACUCCGCACGGGCGGGGAGCGGAUGCGGAUUACAGACCUCACUCAGUGGAUUCUGAAGACGGCUCAAGGGAACAGUGGCACGCCAUUGACGCUUCCCCCGGUCGAACUAAAACGAUCUAACCAGCUGUACAACUUCACGUUCAACCGGCGUGACAUCAUGGCCGCGUACGACAAACCUGUCAAGCAGCCCAGGCACCGAUCCUCGUCGCAGUCAGCGCAUCCAGACGAGCAGUACUACAGAGCACUGGAACAACAACAUCAACAACAGCAGCACCAGAGACAGCAGCAGCAACACAGGCCGCAGCCAGCACAGCACCAGACGAAUACACCACGGCGUACCGCCAGCCGGCAGGGCGCUGGAAGUGGCGGCGGACAAACGCGGCGUUCUACGCCCCAUCGAGCGUGAACUGCCGUCGUAGCGCGUGUUCUCAAUACCUAAUGAACCUGGGUGUCUGCCCGCUGAAGUGUGGUGUAGCAAGGCAAGGUCUUGCUAAAUACACUCGUAUUGAGGUGUUCUGUUACGGUCUGGUGUGCUGCCAGCAUGUGUGUGUGUGUGUGUGUGUGUGUGUGUGUGUGUGUGUGUGUGUGUGUGUGUGUGUGUGUGUGUGUGUGUGUGUGUGUGUGUGUCUGUGUCUGUGUGUCUGUGUGUCUGUGUGUCUGUGCAUGUUUGUGUGCAUGUUUGUGUGCAUGUGUGUGCAUGCACGCACCGGCACGUGCAAGUGUGUGUGUGUGUGCAUGCGUGCGCACGUGUGUCUGUAUCCAACCUGUCGGUAUCUGUGUGUGUCCAAUUCAGUGCCACUCUGACCUUGCUCCUCCUGUGCCGAUUCAGUGUUAUCCGCGAAGAUGGCGUUGUUGUUGUUUUUUUUUGGUAUGCGUGAAAUAUUUUUCCUCACUGGCUGCGUCCUGCUGUUCUGCUGCCCACCUCAGACUUGACUUUUAGAUAAUUGUCCUUCCCACUGCGUUUGUGGCAACACUCUAGUCCCUUAGUCUGGUGGGCGAAUAGUCGUUUUCACCGCACAGCACAUCAUUCAGCUUUGCUGCUGUCCACUGUAUGUGUAUGCGUCUUGCCCAUUCAAACCGUGUGCUAUGUCUGGCUUAUUUUGACAAAAAAAAACUUUUAGGUUUUUUAACAAUUCUUGUGAUCGGCACUGUGUCUACUUUUUUUCUCUCUUUUUAUUAUUAGUAGUUGACUGAGCUGCUGCUCGUAGUUUCUAUGUAACCAUACUCUCCAUCUGUGUGUGUGUGUGUGUGUCUCUCUCUCUCUCUCUCUCUUUCUCUCUCUCUCGCUCUCUCUCUCGCUCUCUCUCUCUCUCUCUCUCUCUCUCUCUCUCUCUCUCUCUCUCUCUCUCUCUCUCUCUCUCUCUCUCUCUCUCUCGCUCGCUCUCUCUCUCUCUCUCUCUCUCUCUCUCUCUCUCUCUCUCUCUCUCUCUCUCGCUCGCUCUC